GAUGAUCGUUUAUUCUGGUCUUAUUCCGUCGGGUCAGAGGUCAGUCUGCGCGCUUUCCAUCCAUCCAUCCACUGUUGAGAACCAACUGGUUGAGUACGAAGAGCAGUUCGUGACAAAUAAAAAGUCAUAGACCGACUAAUGUUUGGGAUCUUUCUAAAAAACAGUCCUACAAAGCUACGAAGAACAGCAGCUUUUGCGGUUUCUCAAAAGGAAACUCAAUAGUUGUUGUUAGCUUAUCGGUUAGCCUAGCUAGCCUCGUUAGCCACAUUAGCUGGCUGUGGAAGAAAGUACUAGCUAGCUAACCGAAGCGGACAUAUUAUUUGGACUGGAGCAGCGCAAACUAACGCAGACAUGCAGGAUAUGCUGGCUAACGUGGAUCACCUGAAGUUUGACUUGGAGCUGGCUAUGCAGCAGCAGCUCGGGGCGCAGCCUCUGCCCUUUCCCGGCAUGGACAAAUCCGGGUCUGCUGUGUGCGAGUUCUUCAUGAGAGCAGCAUGUCAGAAAGGUGGGAUGUGUCCGUUCCGCCACAUCAGUGGAGAGAAGACGGUGGUGUGUAAGCACUGGCUCAGAGGACUGUGUAAGAAGGGAGACCAGUGCGAGUUUCUCCAUGAAUACGACAUGACCAAGAUGCCUGAAUGCUACUUCUACUCCAAGUUUGGUGAGUGCAGCAACAAGGAAUGUCCAUUUCUGCACAUUGAUCCAGAGUCCAAGAUCAAAGACUGUCCGUGGUAUGACCGAGGCUUCUGCAAACACGGUCCUGACUGCCGACACAGACACACAAGAAGGGUGAUCUGUAUGAACUACCUGGUGGGCUUCUGUCCAGAGGGAAAAUCCUGUAAAUUUAUGCACCCUCGUUUUGAAUUGCCUAUGGGAGCUUCUGAACAGCCUCCUCUACAGCAGCAGAUUCAGAACCAGACAAAGCCUGUUCCUACUAUCGGUCGCUCGUCGCUCUCUCUCAUCCAGCUGACCAACUCCAGUCCAGGCCUGCGGCCGCAGAACCACAUGCCUCACAUGGGUCACAUGGGUCACAUGGGUCCUCCUCAUCAUCAGAAUAACAUGCCAGGCAACAGAGGGCCUCGGCCACUGGACCAGGUCACCUGCUACAAGUGUGGGGAGAAGGGCCACUAUGCCAACAAAUGCACUAAAGGUCAUCUCGCCUUCCUGAGUGGACAAUAACCGUCAGCCUUGAAGUCUCCACGGUGCUGCUGCUGCAUCCUCAUGUGAGCAGAGGAGGCCUCUUUGCUCAACAGGCUGAAGUUUAACUGAAAGACUUUGACUGCCACUGUUGUGAGUUUAUACACACAGGCAGCAGGAAAGAUAAACAUAAGCUUUUUCUAUUUUUUGUGGAUACAUGGAAAAAAACAGACGGUCACAAUCUGUGUGGUUGAAUGACUUGUACGUUAGUCUUCGGAGUUUUCUACGUUUGUACUGUAAAUAGACACCAGGGUCCAACAGGUGUAGUGCUGUAACAUGUUGCAGCUUCUUUACAGGUUAAAUUGUUAUCUUGGGUCAUGUGACUGCAUCAGUGACACCAGACCAGUCUGUGUGAAAGAAAUACAAAACAAUUGUGAUAAGUACCAGUAGGAAUGUAAAAUCAUGCAGCUUCUACUCAAACUACUGUAGAGAGCCCAAAUCCACCCUGCAGAGUUUCAUACAUUCAACACCACCGUAAGUCUUCUGGCUGACAUUUUAAAUCCUGGAAAUGAUUCAUUUCUUCCCCGGGUGUCCUGUGUUAAUUCAAAUUUUACCCAAAGAUGUUUGGCUCAGCUGAAAACUGUCAAAUGAUGUGUUGUAUUGAAAGUCUGAACAUAGUCCCUCAAACUGUACAGUGUGUUCAAAUAAAUGUCUUUGUUACAGAUUUUUCCUAUUAUAUUUAUAUUCCUGUAACAGUGAGAGCUCCACUUCAGAUUAGUUGAAAAUUGUCACUAUGAACACAGUUUAAUAACUGGAACAAACUCACACAAACAUGAUAUCCAACAAUAAAUCUUAGUAUUGUUUAUUGGUCAAAACAGUCACAUAUUGAACACAGAGCUGAGAGUAGAAAGAGCAGUUGGAGCUCAACCCCUGAAGGCUGAAGGGGCUCAGUGGUACUUCCUCCAGCGGUCAUGUUCUGGAAGAGAAGAUGGAGAGAAGGACGUUUAAAUGAAAUGAAAGUUGUUUUUUGCUCUCCGAAAAAACACUUUAGAAUGUUCUACCUUUUACAUUAAACAGUGAGUGCAUGCAUGUCUUACUGAUGUGGUCGUACUCCCACAGGUAGCUCAUGGCCAUAUAGCCAACCAGCAGCAUAGCUACACCACCGAUGCCUCCCUUCUUCACGUUAAUGUACUUGUUGUAGUAUCUGUCGUGGCCUGGAAGAUAAAAACAAAACAGCAUUAACCUCAGCUCAAGACAUCUUGAUUCUCAACUACACGGGCCGUUCGUCGUCUAGGAACCCUCGUAAAUGUCAGUAGAAAUACCCUUUAAGAAGUCCAGUUAAGCGUUAACUCUGAAGAGCUUUUCACAAAGCUACUGAGAGCAACUUUUACUGAGGGACUGGACCCCAUUGCUAUGGAUGACAUGUUUCAUAAAUGAA